AGAAUUACUAUGAUUAUUCUACAGAUGAAGAUUUUGAUAAAAGUUUCAGUAUUGACCAAGACGAACCAUUAUUCGUUCAUGAUUAUUUGGCUGCUAUGAAGGCAAAAUAUUGGUUAGAAGAACAAGAUUCUUCAGAAAUAAUAGAAUAUGAUGAUGAUAGUGAAAAUUCAUUAUCUGAAGAUAAGCAUAUGGAUCACCAAUUUUUAAAUAUAGAAGAAAAUCAACGAUCACCUUGUGUUAUUAUCGAUAAUUUAAAAGGAGAAAUUAGGCACUGUAAUUCAAUUAAUAACCUAAGAUCAGUAUCUCAAUUAGUUGGAACUUGGAAAAUAGAAUUAACACAGGAAGAAAAUUUUAACAUAGCUACCUUAGGCGUCUGUUUUAGCUAUUUUAAUUUUGAUCAAAAUAAGCUUCACUCGUCUCAUGCCAAACAAAUUAGAGACCCUAGUCAGAGU